GCCAAAACCAAACAGCUCACUACCUGUUCUCCUAACUGCGGAAAUUCCAAAGCUGAAGCAGUUACGAGCUCAUCAAAGGCACCCUCGAUCUCAUCGAAACCCUUCUAUUUUUCUGAUUCAUAUAAAACCCCAUUUUCCCGUUUCACAAUCUUUCUCUGUAUCCCAAGCUUUAGCGCCGAAGAGAGGUAUAUUUAUUCUUGUUUCGUGAUUAGGCUACUGAAAAUGGCGGCAACUGCAAAUCCCAGCAUGCACAUGGCAACUGCCAAUCCAUGCAUUUCUUCUUCUCGCAAAAUUAUCAAGCCGAGCACAGCAUCUUUUGUGACCAAGGUUAAAAGGGCAGCUUGGUCCAGGCUUACAAGCUCUUCGCACUUGUCAUCCGCACGGCUGUUCUUUCAGAACUCCACUUCAACUCCUGCAAGAUUUGAAAAGGUUGUUACAAAGGCAAUGGCUGAUGCAAGUGAGAACAAGCCCCUGCCGGGAUUGCCAGUUGAUUUGAGAGGUAAGAGGGCAUUUAUUGCGGGUGUAGCUGAUGAUAAUGGAUAUGGUUGGGCAAUAGCAAAAUCGCUUGCUGCUGCAGGAGCUGAAAUUCUUAUUGGCACAUGGGUGCCUGCCCUCAACAUUUUUGAAAGCAGUCUACGUCGUGGGAAAUUUGACGAAUCACGCAAGUUGCCAGAUGGUUCUUUAAUGGAGAUCACCAAAGUUUAUCCCUUGGAUGCAGUUUUUGACAGUCUUGAUGAUGUCCCUGAAGAUGUAAAAACAAACAAACGCUAUGCAGGGUCCUCAAAUUGGACUGUUCAGGAAGUUGCUGAAUCUGUUAAACAGGAUUUUGGAAGCAUCGACAUCCUUGUGCACUCACUCGCCAAUGGACCAGAGGUCACCAAACCACUCCUGGAGACAUCGAGAAAGGGAUAUCUUGCAGCUAUUUCUGCAUCAAGUUAUUCCUUUGUUUCUUUGCUCAAGCAUUUCCUCCCAAUAAUGAAUCCAGGGGGUGCUUCAAUUUCUCUAACAUACAUUGCCUCAGAACGGAUCAUUCCUGGAUAUGGUGGGGGCAUGAGUUCAGCAAAGGCUUCUCUGGAGAGUGAUACACAGGUACUGGCUUUCGAAGCUGGGAGAAAACACAAAAUCAGAGUCAAUACCAUAUCUGCAGGUCCAUUAGGAAGUCGUGCUGCAAAAGCAAUUGGAUUUAUUGACAUGAUGAUCAACUACUCUUUGGCCAAUGCGCCCUUACAGAAAGAACUACAUGCAGAGGAGGUGGGGAAUGCUGCUGCUUUUUUGGUGUCACCAUUGGCUUCUGCUAUCACUGGUGCUGUUGUGUAUGUGGACAAUGGUCUGAAUGCAAUGGGGGUGGGAGUCGACAGCCCAAUAUUUGAAAACCUUGACAUUCCAAAAGAUCACUAGAGGUAGCGGUAACAAGUGUGCUAAGUGAACCAUAUUCAAAAUUUUGAUUCUGCAAAAAUAAUCUUUGUUAUGUAUUUUGUGAGAAUAGAUCAGUUGGCGUAUCCAUUAUAAUAUGAGGAUAUCUGAUGGGAAAUUUAUCCUUUGCUAUCAUAUGAUGCUCUAUCUGCAAAAUACUUCACCUCAUGUUGUUUGUAAUAGCUGUUGUGCGAUGUUAGAGGCGA